AACUCCCUUGUCGCCUUGAUUAACAAGGUUUCUGGCUAUAGACAGAAGGAAAAGAUGGCUGGAUAUACAGAGGGUGAUGAAGAAAACCUCUUUGGGGCUAAUAAAAUACAUCGUUUUGCCACUACACCAACGGCAGAGGUAGUCGAAAACGAAAAGGGGAUGAAGAAGCAAAAAUCCACUAUAUUGAGCGAGAUAUUGGGCUUGGAAGACCUUGUUUCUUUGACGGUAUGGAGAGCAUCAGUGGCAGAGCUCAUAGGCACAGCUGUUCUUGUUUUUACUUUGGACACCAUCGUUAUUUCAACUAUGCGGAUCGAGACAAAAAUACCAAACCUCAUAUUAUCAAUUCUUGCUGCCAUCAUUAUCACAAUUCUCGUACUAGCUACCUUUCCCAUUUCUGGUGGCCACAUUAAUCCUCUUGUAACCUUCGCUGCCUUGCUAACUGGCCUUGUUUCUCUGUCAAGAGCUAUCAUCUAUGUUUUGGCUCAAUGUGUUGGUGGCAUUUUUGGUGCCCUAGCACUAAAAGCUGUGGUGAACAGCGAAAUUCAAAAAACCUUUUCACUUGGAGGCUGUACCCUCACCAUUGUUGCUCCAGGGCCAGAUGGGCAGACUGUGAUCGGCCUAGAGACAAGCCAGGCCCUUUGGCUGGAGAUAAUUUGUGGGUUUGUGUUUCUUUUUGCUUCAGUGUGGAUGGCCUUCGAUCAACGCCAAGCGAAGGCUUUAGGCCGAGUUAAUGUUUUUAUCAUCAUCGGAAUAGUCGUGGGUCUUCUUGUUUACAUUUCAACCACUGUCACGGCUACGAAAGGCUAUGCUGGAGCUGGGCUGAACCCAGCAAGGUGUUUAGGGCCAGCAAUCGUUAGAGGGGGCCAUCUUUGGGAUGGUCAUUGGGUAUUCUGGGUUGGGCCUGGUAUUGCUUGUGUGGUUUUUGCUCUCUACACAAAGCUAAUUCCACCUCAGCUUUCCCACACAAUAAAAUAGACUAAAACUAUUUUCAAUAACACCUCAAGGAUAUGGAAGAGGAUGGUUAUGUUCAGUUUGGGAAAUUAAGUUCUGUCUAAGUUUGUAUCUGAAUGGAAUUGUAAUAAUAUGAUCAUCAUCAAGAUGUAGAGUCGUCGUCCUUAACU